AUUUAGGAUUCUCUCAUACGCCAUAUUGUUUAGAAUUCUAGUUGGUUUAGCAUCUUGGUUUUUGAGCGAUUUACAACGAUCAGGGAACGUACUAACCAGAAAAUUGCACAAAAAUAACUACAAACCAAAUUCAGUCUUAAUUAUAUCCUAACUACGGUAAACAAUUAUUUUUACGAAAGUUUUUAAAGCUUUUCUAUACGUGAUCGUAAUUGAAUAAUAUUUUCUAUUAUAAUCACAUUGUUGUUUGCUUAUUCCUUGAUCGAAUGUUAAUCCAAAGACAUAUAUUUGUAGGGAUAUGAAUGGUUACUCUCGUACUGAAGAGCAGAGGUCAUCUGUUCAAUAUUGUUGCCUAACGGACGAUGGAAGGAAUUGCCGUCGGCCGGCUGGUAAUGCUGUAUACAAUAAGCGUAUACAGAAACAAGCUUUACAAAAACGUUUGAAGUUGAAUAUUGACAAUUCUCACGGACACAUCUACAUUUGUGAUCACCACAAAAACAUGAUCCAAAACGUCCGAGUAAAAAGGAAGAGAAAAGAGAGCGAAUUGCACACGAGGGAAGAAAUUUCUGUGGUCGACUUCAAUAGCAUGCCAAUGAAUAUGUUAAAACGUUACCGACGUCACUUUAAACUUCCAAUCAAACAAGGGAGCAAUAAAUCUCAACUGGCUGACUCAGUUGCCAGGCAUUUUCGUUCAAUUAGAGUGAAUGAAAAGGAAGCUCUAACCUAUUUUAUCUACUCAGCAAAGAAUCAUAAGUCGAAAUUUGAUACAAUGAAGGGAAAUGACUGA